AUGUCGCCUCUGCCUCUCGUGGCCGUCCUCCUCCUCUGCCUCCUCUCCCCGCACCCGCACGAUGCCGCUGGCUCGCCCGACCCAACCCCAACCCCAUGGCCGCUGCAGUUCCACGCGACGCUCCUCAUGGACUACCACGGCAACCUCUCCCUCGACGACCUCUGGUACGACUGGCCGGGCGGGCUGAACCUGCAAGCCAUCCGCUACCAGCUCGCCGCCGACGCGCCCUACUACAACGCCGAGUGGAACAAUGGCACCUCCUUCUUCUACACCCCGGCGCGCCGCGCGUGCCGCUCCGUCCAGGUGCGCGUCGGCAUCCUCAGGCCCGACUGGCUCGUCCCCGGCGCCGCCUACCUCGGCCGCGUCCCCGUCGGCGGGUUCGACUGCUACGUCUGGAGCAAGGGCGACUUCAUCACCUAUUACGAGGAUGUGGCCACGGGGCGCCCCGUCAAAUGGGUCUUCUACACCGGCCGUACUGCGUAUGUGAUGAGCUUCGAUCCAGGGGCAGUGCUGGAGGACGUCGAACGGCAGACGCCUGCCUACUGUUUCACCGACAACGAUGCCCUUGUCUCUGAACCUGAGAUGCAUGACGAUGGGAGCUUCAUCCCCAAGAGCAGAAUGCUGAGAGGGGGUUAA